AUGUCUUGGCUCGGCGUCGCUCCCCUGAAGAAGUUCCCGGCUCCUUUCCCCCUACUGGCCUUUCUUCGUUGCCGGUACGUAAUGCGAAAAUGCGAUCCCGAAAUCGACAGCAAUUUCCAUCGCAACCUCGCGAUUCAAUGGCGAAAAUACGAGAUUCGAAUGCGGCUCGGGAACUCUGCCGCGUCCUCGAAGCGAGAAAUGCUAACACGACUUGCAGGUGCUGUCAUUGCCUAUGGCGCCAACUCUGCUCAGAACGCCAUGAUGGCCUCCGACGAGUGGAAGAACGACCCCCGCAACCCCAACGCUAAGACUGCUGGCGGCCACUAA